CCCAGCUAGCAAGCUAUCGUGCUGCCUGGAAGGUCCGAAGAAGCGGCGGCGUUGAAUCGAGUAGCCGACGUGCCAUACGCCCACGCCAUUUCCGCGCCUACAAAUAGCGAGAUUUUUCCUUGCGGCUUCUUCCAAAUCUUCAGCGGUCUCCGCCUUCAGAUACACCUUUGAUCCGCAGCGAUGAACGGGGGAAGCCCGGUGAUGACGGAGAGAGAGCGGCGCGCGUACCGGUACGGGCAGGCGUCGUCGCCGACGGCGCGGGCGGUCGGGCAGCUGGGGUGCAUCAGGAAGUCGUGGUCCAACGACUCGCUCUCGAGCUACGGCGGCGGCGGGAGGGCCGGCGGCGGCGGCGCCCAGGCGUGCGUGUGCGCGCCCACCACGCACCCGGGCUCCUUCCGGUGCAAGCACCACCGCCAAAACGCCUCCAACCUCGGCGCCGCCGCCGCGGCGCCGGCCCAGGUGGUCGACGUUGACGCGGACGCCAAGCACCAGGAGGCCCAGGAGCAGGAGGAGAAGGCGACGUGAGGGCGACCAUGGUUUGAUCGAUCUGUCGCACUUGUGCGUGUUUAAUAAAUUUCAUAGUUGUACGAACAAAAGUGUGGGAAAUUUUUGUUUCCUCUCUCUAUAUAGUUUCGAGAUUUUCGUACGAGGGUGCUUUUUUCUUCUUGAAAUCAUGUAAAAUAAACUUGCGUGUAAAUAAUGGAAAAAAGUGCCUUGUGUUUUUAACGAAAGAAA